GUUGACAGUUUAGGGCAUGAUUAUGCUUGGCACAGUUGCCUGGCCACUAAAUUGUCUAUGUUCUAUUCACCUACUUUUCUAUAAUUUAUAACAAGCCCAGCAAGAGAUGAAGAAUGUGAAAGACAUAAUUCUAAAAGAAUAACCAUGGAGAAGAAUAGAGAAGAGGUUACAAGUAAUGAGCCCAAGCAUAGAGGAGUUAUAGCCAUGCCUUUUGUCAUAGGGAAUGAGACCUUUGAAAAGCUGGGGACAAUUGGCACCACAUCUAACCUCUUGGUCUAUCUCAGCACUGUCUUCCACAUGAAAACAAUUACAGCAACUAAUCUCCUCAACAUCUUCAAUGGAACUUGCAAUUUUGGUACCUUGAUAGGAGCUUUCCUCUCCGACGCUUACUUUGGCCGCUACAUAACAUUGGGAUUUUCCUCAGUAUCCUCUUUUCUGGGGAUGCUUGUACUUGCACUAACAGCUGCAGUCUCAAGGCUGCAUCCUCCCAGCUGUGGAACGAAAGCUACUGACAUAUGCAAAGGGCCAACAGCAUGGCAAAUGACUUUCCUGUUGAGUGGUUUUGGCCUACUAGUUGUUGGUGCUGCUGGUAUUCGACCAUGUAAUUUGGCGUUUGGCGCGGACCAAUUCAAUCCCAACACUGAAUCCGGGAAGAGGGGAAUUACCAGCUUCUUCAAUUGGUACUACUUCACCUACACUUUUGCCAUGAUGAUAUCUUUGACAGCCAUAGUCUACGUGCAAUCCGAUGUGAGCUGGGCUCUGGGAUUGGCCGUUCCUAGCAUUAUGAUGUUCUUCUCGUGUGCACUCUUCUUUGCGGGCACGAAAAUAUACGUCAAGGUGACGCCCCAGGGUAGUCCCUUGACCAGUGUCGCGCAGGUCAUGGUGGCAGCAUUCAAGAAGAGACCAUUGAAGUUACCAGAGAGGCCAUGGUGCUCCCUUUUUAACCAUUAUCUGGCAAAUUCUAUCAACUCAAGGCUUCCUUAUACAGAUCAGUUCAGAUUUUUGAACAAAGCAGCAGUCAUAACCCCCAAAGACGAAAUCAACUCAGACGGAUCCGCAGCCAAUCCAUGGAAACUCUGCAGCAUCCAGCAAGUGGAGGAAGUGAAAUGCCUGAUGCGAGUGAUUCCCAUAUGGGUUUCCCUAAUUUUCUACAACAUUGCAGUAAUCCAACAACAAAACUACGCGGUGUUCCAAGCUCUACAAUGCGACAGGCGCCUUGGCAACACGGGAUUCAAGAUCCCGGCAGCAUCCUACAUUUUCUUCAACAUGCUGAGCCUCACUGUCUGGAUACCAAUCUAUGACAGGAUCGUAGUCCCAUUUCUCAGGAAACGCACGAAAAUAGAAGAUGGCAUCACACUCCUCCAGAAGACUGGCAUCGGCAUGGUCAUAUCCGUGGUCACCAUGAUUGUAUCCGGCAUUGUAGAGGAGCGAAGACGGACUCUGGCUCUCACUGAGCCAACAUUAGGGAACGUGGCGCGAGAAGGUGCCAUUUCUUCCAUGUCGGGUUUAUGGUUGGUACCUCAGUUGGCACUAACGGGUCUCUCUGAAGCGUUCACACUCAUCGGGCUUAGUGAGUUUUUCUACAAACAGUUCCCGGAAAACAUGAGAAGCAUUAGUGGCUCUUUCUUCUUUUGUGGCUUAGCAGGGUCAAGUUAUUUGAGUGCUUUGAUGGUGUCAAUGGUUCACCACACAACCAAGAAAUCUGCAACAGGGAAUUGGUUUGAAGAAGAUCUUAACAAGGGAAGAUUGGAUUACUUUUAUUACCUAAUUGGUGUUUUGGAGGUCAUAAAUUUGGGCUACUUUCUAAUGUGCACAAAGUGGUACAAGUACAAAGGGGAUGGUGGCAACAACCUCAAUGUGGACAUGGAAGAUAUGGCAUUAAAAAAGCCUAUUGUGUGAGAUGAACAUGUGAAGCCCAAACAAGGCCCUCAAAGAAUCGAUUAGGUUAAUCUAAUUUUUUUUUUUUUUUUUCUUGGCAAAUAACCUUCACAACGUUCUUGAGGAGGCUCGAACCCCAGUUACACAUGUAUGCUUAGCCGAAAGUUACAUGAUAUCUAUAUGAAAUGCUUGAUAUCA